AUGAAUUCCUCCAAUAAACCACCAGCUACCCCCUUGCCGGAUGAGUCGGCGGGUGCACAAGCAUCGCCGCCAGAGUCCUCGACACAUACCACACAGGAGACAGAUGCCACUAUCGUUGAAGAGCAGGAAUCAAUUCCUGCUCUUUCAAGGUGGUCAUCUCCCGCAAUUCCUCAAAGUACAUGGUGCGCCUCCGACUUCAUGGUAGGGGUAGGGAUGGUUAUCAUCCAGCAAAAAACAGAGAAGAUAGUCUUGCUCUACUCAUCGAAGUGGAAAUAUUACUUCUUUCCGCGUGGCAGAAAGGAUGUCGGCGAGACCCUACAACAAGCCGCAUUACGAGAGGCAUACGAGGAGUCGGGAUAUCGCGUCGAUUUCAUGCCACUGGCAAUCCCAACCCGACAACCCCACUCACCAGAGACACGAAACAGGCGAAGUCAUUUCAACACAGAAUCUAUCUAUAUGACCACCACGAACUGGAGGGCUGGAAGGAGUGGUCCCACUGACCACGGAGGGGUAUAUUUGACGUCCUGGUUCGUUGGACAGAUACCUGAAGAUGCGGUAUGCGAAUCUGGCACGCGUAUGCCCGAUGAAGACCACUUUACAACGCACUUGUUAUCCUACGAAGAGGUCAGAAACCUCAUCUGGGGAACAGAAGUAAAAUUAUUUGAUUAUGUCUGGGCUGUAUACCAACAUACAAAAACCAUACUACAACAGGAAGAAUCUCAGCGGGCACAACAACUACGUCGAUUUCAAAUCACCAAAAACCGCCCAGUACGCCGGCCGUAG